GUCUGAUCCACACAAAAAAAAAAAAAGCGAGAAAAAAAGAAGAACUGCCCAUGUUCUUCUUCCUCAUUUUUUCUGCACCAUUUAGCAGUUGCUGUAUCACCAGAUGAGCACACAGUUUCAUGUGCAUAUUUAUUUUAGUCUCUCGAAGAUGAAGGAACAAACUACCAUGUCCUGUCCACCACAAACCCUGCACAUCAGCUUAACAAUCAUCCUAUGCGUGGUCUUCCUGAUAGGACUUGUUCUUAAUGGCUUUAGCCUCUGGGUCUUUAUCUUCCGGAUUUCUAAAUGGCAUGCUGGCACGGUUUUGCAGUUCAACUUGGCAAUAAGUGAUGCCCUCGCCGCUCCUGCAACCCCAAUGAUGGCUGUCUACUUUAUCAACGGGAACAACUGGGAGUUUGGCACCUUUCUGUGCAAGAUGAAGAUAGCCUUAAUCAUUGCUCACUUCUACGGCAGUAUAUUCUUUCUCACACUUAUCAGCAUUCACCGCUAUGUGGUCGUGGUUCACUUCAAAAGAUCAUCACGGAUGAAACGGAAGGAAUUCGUGAAGAAGCUAUGUUUUGGAGUGUGGUGUUUUCUAUUAGCUGGUGGCAUCUUGUAUGGGAUUCUGCUGCCUGUUACCGAUGAAGACGGACACAAGCAAUGCCUUUCCAUACAUCAAAGCAAACAUACCAGUGUGUACUUUACUAUUAACUUUGUACUCUUUGUUUUUGGCUUUCUUUUGCCUUUCACUGUGUCAGUGAUCUGCUACAGCUUUCUGGUUCGAUCAGUAGCGCAGGUGAACGUCAAUUCGCUUCAAGGUCAGUCAAUCAAGACAAAGUCAAUAAGGAUGAUUGGAAUGUGUCUGGUUAUCUUUGGGCUCUGCUUCUUCCCUCUUAAUGUUACCCGUACUGUUGCAGUUAUCAUUAAAAAGUACUUUCCUAAAAACUGUCAGUUUUUGCUACGAGUGGAAAUGGCGUACUACGUCUCAUAUGUCCUGGCAGGAAUCAACUGUUGCUUGGACCCCCUUGUCUAUUUCUUUGGCUCAUACAAUUUUAAUAAAGCUUUCAGAAGUUCGGUGAAAAUAGGCAGAGGUCAACAGGAACAAGAGAACAGGACUGAAUCAGAGACAACAAGUUACAGUGCAAACAGGAAUGCUGUCUAUACCGUAUCUUCUAGAGUGCAAUCAUAGGAUUUCAUAGUUACAAAACAAGGCAUGUUUGAUUGCAAUCUAUUAACUGUCAAUUUGUUAAGUCAAUUUCCUUUCAAGUAUUUUCUGUGCAGCCGUCAGAGAGGAACAAAAGUGUAAAAUAUAUCCUAACUAUACUUCUCCAUAUUUGUUAUACAUUAGUGAAAUGUUUUUGUUUUGCUGUUUUAUUGCUGUUUAGUUGGUUUUCUUCAGUAGUUUAAUUUGGGGUGCUUAUCUUCGGAAGGUAUUUAAGCAGAAUACUAUUAAGUUUUUAAGAAUAACUAAAGACUCUAAAAAUAUGAUGUAUGCAGUUUACUAAUAUGCAUGUGCAUAAGUGCAGUGUGAAAUGAUGUAUACGAUGUACACUGGCAGUCAAGUUUCGUUUUUUGUCACCCUUUUUUUUUGGUUUGAGAAAUAGACUCUGGUUAAAUACUAUAAAAAAAUAAUAUAUUUAAGUAAUGAUUUUACCUCAAGUAAACUUACAGUCUUGGCAUAUACAUUUUACCAAACAAAUGCACUGUCCUUAAAUAAAGCACUUAUUUAGAGCCUUAUUUGACAUGGAGCAUGUCUUUAAAUAUAAAUAUUUCUUUAUCAGAAACUGCUGUAUAAUGUUUAUGUUCGAGGUGGAGUCAGUGCUGAUUAAAAGGAAACGUUGGUCAUAAGGUAGGAUACGUGUCAAUUACAGGGCACUAAGCACACACGCUUCACACUCAUUCACACCAGGGGUAAUUUAUUCUAGACAAUCCUCUAGUUAAUCCAUUUUUUUGAGAGGUGGGAGGAACUCAAAGAACCUGGAGGAAGCUCAAUAGUAAUUCAUUGAUAGUAAUAGUAAAUCAUUAAGAUUUAAAGGGGGAAAAAUGAUGCACCUGUAAUGCAACGUGUUUUCAUUGGGAAGAAUCCUGAGUUUGAUUCUUAUAUCAUCUCCUGUUUGCCAAACGCUGGUUACCUGAGUUAAGAAGUGAUAAUUAAUAGAGUGUAGAGUAAAAUGUGUUUAUUAAUCAUUUAAGUGAAGCGAGAGGUUGACAGCUGAACAUUGCUCAUUCUUCUAACGUGGAAGCACUUAUCCCAGUUUAUAUGCUUUCACAAUGCAAGUUUUUAAAAUGCAGGGGUUAUUUAAAAAUGUUUACCUAUUUACUAAGUUUCAUUUAUCAGUUUAAUUUUAUUUAUUUUACCAAUAAACAUAUUUGAAAGACCUCAUACUUACAGUGUAUAUAAAGAAAUGACACACCUCUCCUAAGAAUGUUAAGUUGUACACACUUAUGUAACUAGGUUGUAUCUUACUUUUUUAAACAUUAUUUUAAAAUUUUCUCCAUAAAAUGGUUUAAUAAGUGUUCAAAUGUGUUUUGUUUUUCA